AUGAAAUACAUGAUGCAAAAAUGCAACCCAGGAACAGUAGUAGACCUUGUCACAGAUGAAGAAAGAAGGUUCAAGUAUCUUUUCUUUGUUGUAGGGGCUUCAAUCAAAGGUUGGCAAUAUUGUACUCCAAUACUUGCCACUAAUGGAGGAACAUUACUAAUUGCUAGUGCCCGAAAUGCCAAUAGACAUAUAUUCCCACUUGCAAUUGCUGUUGCAAACUUUAAAAAUGAUGAAUCUUGGGAUUGGUUCUUCCACAAAUUAAAAGAAUCCUAUGGCGAAAGACAAGGCCAAUGCAUCAUUUCAGAUAGACAUGAAAGUAUUGCAAAAGCAUCCUUCCCAAACCUCAUGCACGGGGAAUGUUGCUACCACUUGCUGAAUAAUAUUAAAACAAAAUUCAAGAAGAAAGGAGAAGCCCUCAAAAAUGCAUUUAAUGGUGCUUGUACAAUGAAGUUGGUGUAUAAUACCACUAAUUUUGACAAAUACAUGGCAGACUUGGACAACAUUGAUGAAAAAAUAAGACCUUACUUGUUCAAUGAAGUUGGUGUAGAAAAAUGGACAAGGUUGUACAGCAACAACAAGCGAUACUCAACAAUGACAUCUAACAUCGCAGAAUUUGUGAAUCCAUCAAUCAAAGAGAUAAGAGAAUUACCAAUUGCUACAUUACUAGAAUGUCUUCACUCUUUGGUUGAAACAACAAACCUACUUAUAUUCACAGUACAUGAUGUGACAAGAUCUUACAUAGUAGAUCUGGAGAAACGAACAUGCACAUGCCAAAAAUUCCAAUAUGAUGAAAUGCCUUGCUCCCAUGCAAUGGCUGCAUUAACUAAAAGGCAUAUGUCUUCCUAUGACUACUGCUCAUACUACUACACAAAAGAAGCUCUUAUAGCAGCAUAUGAAGAUACCAUACUACCAUUAGGUGAUGCAAAUUCCUGGGAUAUACCUAAUGAGAUGAAGCAAAUCAUUAUUCUACCACUAAAACAUAAGAGACCAGCAGGGCGCCCAAAAACGCAAAGAUACAAAUCUGCACUAGAAUCAAAAACAAAAACACAAAAUAAAUGUGGAAGGUGCAAACAAAAAGGACAAAACCAGCAAACUUGCAAAAAUGAACCAUUCCUAAAGAAAAAGAAAAACAAAUGA